AUGAAGGGUUCAACUAGAACAAUUUUCUUCCAGAGGAAGAUGCUGUUGGUUAAGCGUUCAUGGCACAAGUCGAAACAAAAUCAACAUACAACUGAGAAAGAAGUCUGGCACAGAGAAAAUAUCAAAAAAUGUAUGAGGCCUUCAAAGAAGCUAAGAAAGCAAAAAGAGGAGCAGAUAAAAAUUGGUGCAGAGAAAAGAGCUGAGAAGGAGAGAUUGAGACAGGAGAGAUAUGAGGAAUUUCUGAGGUCUAAGGAGUCUAAGAAGGUAGAUGAAGGGAUUAUCGAUGUUAAAGUAGAGAUGACAGCCGAGAACUUAACAAAGAUGGCGGACCAAGUCAUGAUGGCAAAGGCAUUAGAGGUAGAUUCCACAUCCGCUUCUGAGUCUGAGUCGUCGGAAAAGGUCAGUUCUAGUGGUUCAGAUAGUGAACCAUGUAAGGCUGAAAAUGCUAAGUCUGAAAGUGAUCGCAGAAAUUGCAUGAAAGAGUGCAAAGUAUGUAAUAUACACGAGUAUCUCUCUCGAUCGCAAAUCCAGGAGCUGACAAAUAAAAUUAACAUUCUAAACAGAGAAGUGAUUGGACGAGACAAACUGGUAAAAAGUUCAACUGACAGAAUAAAUGAGUUAACUGAAAAAAUUAAAACUGAUGAAAAUGAUGUUGAGCAUUUUCGAAAAGAAAAUGAAAAUUUGAUGCUUGAGAACAUAAAAAUUUCUGAGGAUUUUGACAAAUUAAAAAGUACAAUUAAAGAUUCAGACGAACGAAACAUUGAAACUCGUCAAGAAAACUCGGAAUUAUCUAGUGUUCUUCAAGCAAAAGAAAAAUUAAUAAAUGUUCAACUGGAUGAGAUUGCGAAUCUCAAGCUUCAGUAUCAGGAAGCUAAAAUUGAGAAUGAGAGAAUCAACUUGAAGCUGAACAGUUACACUUCUGCCAGCUUUGUUCUACAACACAUAGUUCCUAAACCAAUUGGACAGAACAAAGAAGGUGAAGAUGUUCCACCACCAAUGAGAAAUAACUUCACGAAAAAACAAUCAGGGUUGGUUAAUGAAUCAGAUUCAAGUGAGAAAAGUGAUGCUGAAAAGUUACCAGAUAACAUUGAUGUCACGUUUAACUCACAAUCCGAUGAAGAUAGCAUUUAA